AUGACGCUCAAGCUCGACAUCACCCGUUAUCCCGGCAACAUUAUCAAUGGCAACUUUGUUCCAACGCCCAAGACUCAUCACUCAAUCAACCCGGCAACCGCCAAAGCCCUUUACGAAGUCCCUAUUGCGCGUGAAGAAGACGUUGAGGCUGCCGUCAAAGCAGCAAGAACAGCAUUCAAGUCCUGGAGCACCACCCCAUUCUCUGAGCGCGCCAAUCUUCUCCUCAAAUACGCAGACGCCAUCGAAGCAGCACGCCAUGAAAUUGAAAGCCUACUGACGAUGGAGCAAGGCAAGCCUUUGUCCUUGUCCCAUACAGAAGUCGAGUGCACGCUGAAGUGGUUUCGUGCGUUUGCAACCAUGGAGAUCAAGGACGAGGUACUGAAGGACGACGAUGAAAAGACAGUCUAUUCCACCCGCAUCCCUCUUGGCGUAUGUGCAGGCAUUGUCCCCUGGAACUGGCCGAUUUUGCUCGGUCUUGGAAAGCUGGGCCCAGCUGUGAUUACCGGCAAUACGUUCAUCAUGAAACCCUCACCAUACACACCGUAUUGCAAUCUAAAGCUGGGCGAGCUGGCCAUGUCCAUCUUUCCGCCUGGAGUCGUCCAAGUCUUGUCUGGUGAUCACAUGCUUGGACCAUGGAUCACAGAGCACCCGGGCAUCGACAAGAUAGCGUUCACCGGCUCAAUCGCAACCGGGAAACUCGUAGCAGCAUCGUGUGCAAAGACACUCAAGCGCUACACUUUGGAGCUAGGUGGCAACGACGCCGCUAUCGUUUGUGGAGACGUAGAUAUCGAAAUGUGCCUUCCAAAAAUCGCCACAUUGAGCUUCAAGAACUCCGGUCAAAUUUGCAUGUUGACCAAACGGAUUUACGUGCACGAGAGUAUUUAUGACAAGUUCAGGGAUAGGAUGGUGGAGUUCACAAGAAGCAACAUCAAGACGGGCGCGGGUACUGAAGACGGCGUCGUUGUUGGACCCAUACAAAACAAGAUGCAGUUCGACAAGGUGAAGGAAUUGUAUUCGGAGAUUGAAAAACAGAAGUGGAAGACGGCCUUGGAGGGCUCUGUAGGCGAUGCUCGCAAUGGCUACUUCAUCACGCCUGCUAUCAUCGACAACCCACCAGAAGACUCCCGGAUCGUUGUCGAAGAACCCUUUGGGCCGAUCGUCCCACUGCUCAAAUGGACCGAUGAGGACGAUGUCAUCGACCGUGCCAAUGCGUUGCGGACAGGUCUCGGCGCAUCCGUUUGGAGUAAGGACAUUAGGCGCGCUGAGAGUAUGGCCAGGAGGUUGGAAGCAGGCAGCGUGUGGGUGAAUAGCCAUUUUGAUGUCGACCCCAAGGUGCCAUUUGGCGGUCACAAAGAGAGUGGCGUAGGGGUAGAGUGGGGCAUGGAAGGAUUGAAGAGCUACACAAACAGUCGCAGUUUGUGGGUGUGGAAGAAGGUCUUUGAGUAA